UCAAUUCUGCAAGUGGUUCUGAUUUACUAUCGCUGUUCUCUAGCUGGUCUAAACCCGCUUUUGACCUAAAGGGACGCUUUUUGGACGCCAUGGACGUUUCUCAGUUUCCAGGCAGAAAGAACAGUAAAAAUGCAGGCAGGGCACAGGACAAAGCACUCGGGACAAAAUGUAUGUGAAAUGGUUUGAUACAGGAAUGUUUCACUUUUUUCACAUUUUUAUAUUUCCCGCCGUACCGUCCCCCGUACGUCCCGACGUCGCAGGGAACGGAACCCGGAAGACAGAUGCCGGCAGCGGCCGGAGGACAUUACAGGGGACACUUCAGGGGGGACAU